CUGUCAUCGCUAACAAAAGCGGGAAACUUUGGGCAAUUUUUGUUUACACUUACAUUUGUUAAAGCCUGUAGGAUGAGCAAAAAGGCAACACGAGCAAGCAAACCCAAGCCCGAUCCAGACGCAGAGGGAUCUAGCAAACAGUCCACGGCCUCCGCACUGAAAAAGGUGCUGUUUCUGUCGGAGGAACUGCUGCCCAAGGAUGCGGACGAUCAGCGUCUCCGGCUGGAACGGUUUCACCACCCGGGACAAGGGAAAGAUGCACUCUUCGUCACCCAUCCCGAUGGCCAGAUGAUGGAGCUGCUGGAGUACGCGGAACCACGACGCAGCUGGCUACUAAACAGCGAGGUCUGCUCCAACGGCAGGAUCUACAUGACCUCGCCUGUGGAUCCAACGCUGCUGGCCCUCCACCACCUCCGAAAACACUGUGCUCAGAGAGCAAUGUCGCUGGACAACAUUGCGGUGAAUGAGGCAAGCACCAGCCGCCUGCUAAACGAGUUCCUCGAGCCAGAGAGCCUCAAAUGCGUGGCGGAUGUAAAGAGCUCCGGCGACCAGAAGUUUUACAAGUACAACCAAGAGCGAACGUUGGCCUGGCUGGCUCUAAAGACGCGCCUGGUGGCAGCGAUCCUGAAGGAGAAACAAAUCCACUGCGGGCACAGCGCCCAGUCGCAAAAUUUUGUGCGGAGCGAAAAGCUGGCAGCAGAAAAUGCCAGCAACGAGAUGGACUACACACGCAUGGCCUGCGAUAUUGUGGGCCGGUAUUUGGAUGCGGAUCUGCACGACUUGCUCACCGGCUAUCUGCACGUUCCCAGCGAGAUACAGGCAAUUGUUGAGGAAAAGAAUGCUGCCCAGAAGAGGAAAUCGAAGGCGGGAAAGGACGAGGGCAGCGACUCAAAGAAGAUUAAGCUAAACGACAGCGAUGCCGGCGCGAAGCUAAAGAGUAGUGGUAUACUAGAUAGCGAUGGUGAUCCCAAUGCCAGCAUUACAUCGCCCACGGCGGGCCCACUGAAGGAGCGCUCGCUGACCGCCAAGGAGAAAGCCCUGGCCAAGGGAGCCAAGGGCACCAAGAGCAUCGCCUCGUUCUUCAAAGUAAAGUAGAUUUAGGUACUGCGUAAGUUAAGCAUAGGUUAUUGUUUUUACUCACGUUUUGCGGUCUCAAUCAAAACCGUGUGAGUUAUAGUUCAUUAUUAUGCUUACUUUAUAUAUUACAAAUGCUCACAAAUUCACAUACGUUUUCAUUUAACUUUUUUUUUUUAUGUAAAAUUCCUAUUUAGUAGAAUUCUGCAAUUUUUGUUUUCGAGUUUCUUUUUUUAUUAAGAAGUUGUGAGUUAUUGUGUGAGUUAUUGGUAAUGAAUUUCCGAGACUUGCAAAUUCUGCCAACGUUUUAUAAAUAAAUAUAGCAGUUCUCGCGAAA